AUUGCAUUCAAUCACUAUGUCUGUGAAAUUGUCUUCAGUCCUUCUCUUGACACAGCUGAUAUGCUACUUUAGGUCUGGAACUAGUGGAAAAGUGUUGGUGUGGCCCACAGAAUACAGUCAUUGGAUCAACGUAAAGAUGAUCUUGGAUGAACUUGUUGAGAGAGGACAUGAAGUAACUGUUCUGACAUCUUCAGCUUCCAUCCUUAUUGAUCCCAGCAAACCAUCUACUAUUAAAUUUGAGAUUUACCCUACAUCUCUGAGUAAAGAUGAUCUGGCAAACAUGUUUUUAAAAUGGAUAACAGAAUGGAUGCAUGAUUUUGGAAAAUAUUCAUUUUGGACAUUUUAUUCAAACAUUCAAAAAUCUUUUAAUGAAUAUUCUGAUGUUGUUGAAAAUUUCUGCAAAGCAGUAGUUAGGAACAAGGGUCUUAUGAAAAAACUACAAGAAUCAAGGUUUGAUGUUGUUCUCGCAGAUGCAUUUGGUCCCUGUGGUGAGCUGCUGGCCGAGAUUCUUAAAAUACCGUUUGUGUACACACUUCGCUUCUGUCCUGGAUACACAUAUGAAAAGUAUAGUGGGGGACUUUCAUUCCCUCCCUCCUAUGUGCCGAUGGUUCUCACAGGAUUAACUGACCAUAUGACAUUUGUGGAGAGGGUAAAGAAUAUGAUGUAUGUUCUAUACUUUGACUUUUGGUUCCAAACAUUUAAUGAGAAGAAGUGGAAUCAGUUUUAUAGUGAAGUUCUAGGAAAACCCACAAAAUUAUCUGAGUUGAUGGGAAAAGCAGACAUGUGGCUCAUUCGAACAUAUUGGGACUUGGAAUUUCCUCGCCCCUUCUUACCAAAUUCUGAAUUUGUUGGAGGACUUCACUGCAAACCUGCCAAACCUCUGCCUAAAGAAAUGGAAGACUUUGUGCAGAGCUCUGGAGAACAUGGUGUUGUGGUAUUUUCUCUGGGGUCAAUGAUCAGUAACAUGACAGAAGAAAAGUCCAAUGUGGUGGCAUCAGCCCUUGCACAGAUUCCACAAAAGGUUCUAUGGAGAUUUGAUGGCAAGAAACCAGACACCCUUGGAUCCAAUACACGGCUAUACAAAUGGAUGCCCCAGAAUGACCUUCUCGGUCAUCCAAAAACCAAAGCUUUUGUAGCUCAUGGGGGAACUAAUGGCAUGUAUGAGACAAUCUACCAUGGCAUUCCUGUGGUGGGCAUUCCCUUGUUUGCGGAUCAGCAUGAUAACAUUGCUCGCAUGGUGGCCAAAGGAGCAGCUGUGAGAUUGGACUACAGCACACUGUCAACUACAGAUCUUCUUACUGCCCUGAGGACAGUCAUUAAUGACCCUUCCUAUAAAGAGAAUGCUAUGAAGCUAUCAAGAAUCCAACAUGAUCAGCCAGUGAAGCCCCUAGACAGAGCAGUCUUCUGGAUCGAGUAUAUCAUGCGCCACAAAGGAGCCAAGCACCUACGCCCAGCUCUCCACGACCUCAACUGGUUCCAGUACCACUCUCUGGAUGUGAUUGGAUUCCUGCUGGCCUGUGGGGCAGCUGUGGUAUUUAUCAUUACAAAAUUCUGCCUCUUUUGUUGCCAUAAGGUGGCUAAAGCUGAAAAGAAGAAGAAAAGGGAGUAAUUGUACUGAAACCUGACCCAGAGUCCUGAUUGAUGGUCUUUUGUUAGCUUAUCCCAGCAAGAAGAGAUUGUGAUGCUAGGUGCUUUUCCCUCUGAAAUGUCAUUUCACAACUUGCUAGCUGAGUUUUUCAGGGAUUUACUACAUGUUUAAGACAAAGAAUUUCGGACAAAAUUAAAAAUUCUAAAGCUAUCAAAAUAAAACUGUGUUCAUUAUGAAAUUUUCGGUUGUAAUUCACGAGCGAUCCCUAAUAAUUACUCAAUGCAAUUGUUACUUAAUGCAAUUACCUAAAUGCUUAAUGUAAUUGUGGUUCAUAAAUUUGGUAAAACCUAAACCCUUUUAAGGUUUUCUCUGUAUCAAUACCUUUUUCACAUACCCCAUCUGCUCUGACUUCAUUCUCUUUUUGAAGACUCACAAAUAAUACCAUUCAAUGGUCAGGAUUUGAGUAUAGAUUAACUUUUCCAUUUGUAUGACAGAGGUCAUUAUUUUUGUUACUUUACUGUAUACCAUCUUCAACAUCUUUUUUUUCUUCUAAAUAGCUGAUUAUAAGGAUUGUCUUCCUCUGAGAAGAGGCAUAUCUCCAUAACAUUAAACACUAUUCUUACCUGUUUCUAUAUUAAAUUUUCUGCUUGAGAGGGUCUCUGACUUGUCAAGCUAAUUCCUUCACUGGUUUUUCCUCCUAGUCUUUAUCAAAGAUAAACCUAGGUACUGUCAUUCUCAUUUCAGAUUUUAGUGUGAACCAAUGUUGUCAAUUGUUCCAUUUUUCUCCCCUAUAUCUACACACAGAGUGACAGUUAUUUUGUUGUUGUUGUUGUUGUUUUCAAAAGAAGUCAUAUCACUUAGCCUCUAAUGUAUUCAAAAUCUGAAAUGUUUCCCCAAGCUCACAUUUUGAUACAUUGCUUUCUAGCUUGUGAUGAUGUUUUGGGAGAUUGUGGAAAUCUUUUGAAGGAAUAGUCUCAGUAAGAAAUGUAAGUCACCAGGUGUGGGUUCUUCGGGGUUUUAAUCUGGACUCUGAUUCACUUAUUUUCAUGGUUUUUUAGAACAUAAAAUGUGCCCCACGGUUUCAUAUUUUCAGUCCCUGUACUCAAGCUAUUGACACUGUUUAGAUGUCGGAGAACUUUCUAGAAGUGUGCCUAACCUGAGAAGCAGGUCACAGGGUGCAAACUUUGAAGGUUAUAUAGUUCAUCUCUGGCUUCUGCCUCUGCUUUCUGGCCUAUCCUGACGAAAUCAGGCUCAUCUACAUGCUGUUGUGUCCAUGAACUGAGCUGUUCCUCCAUGCCUUGCCUGCUAUGAUGGAAUGAAACCCUCUGAAACUGAGGCUUAAAGUAAAAUUUCCUCCCUUAAGGUCUUUCUCUCAGCCAUUCUUCCAAAGAGAUGCAAAAGUAACUAAUCCAGGCUAUUUACAGGUCUGUUGUAAAAUUCAGUGAGUCUCUGAAAGAGGGUGAAAUGAUGAUUCUUGCUCAAUAUAUUCUACUAUACAAAUAAAAGUUUUCUUUUGUAUUGUA